GAUUUAUUUCUAAUCCUUGGAGUUCUUUGUAUAAAUAAAACAUUUAUUUGUUUGUUCUGAACCAGGAAGUUCUCUGGCUCACCAACAAAAGACACCAACUGCCUAUUGAAAAUAAAGACACUCCUUUUCUCUCCAUUCAUCACAUUUUGCCGUUUGGGCCUUGGCUGUGGAAAUUUUUGCUCUGUCCGAAGCUGCCAAUAUUCUUCUUGGAGUUCUGAAGAUCGGAGAUUUCUCUACUGCCACUCCAAUGAUGGCAUUAUCUUGCAACCAGACUGGGCUCCUAGCUUGGAUCUUGCUGCUGUUGUCCUUGUCUGAAGUUCAAAGUGAUUGCCCAAAUCCAGUUCUACCUCCCCAUUCUUCACUUAGAACAGGAGAAGUCCUACCACAUACCUCUCCAACUGGAACUGUUCUGCGUUUACAGUGCAUCACAGGUCAUGAAAUUAUACCUGGAACAAUUCCUAGGAUGACAUGUCUUGACACUAAUAAGUGGUCAGAACUUCCUACACUUUGUCAAGGAAAGCGAUGUCCCAUUCCACAUAUAGAAAAUGGCCAAAUAGUAAGUUCAGAUGACCUCCGGCUUGGUGAAGAAAUAACCCUUGGUUGUCAUUAUGGGUUCAGAAUAAUAGGUGGCGCUACUCGUCAAUGUGUUUUGAAAUCAGGCAGAGUUGACUGGAAUAGAGAACUUCCAGUUUGCGAACGUAUUCCUUGUGCUCGUCCUCCUAUAAUUGCCAAUGGAAGAUAUGAUCCCAGUCCUUCAGAUACAUAUGAUGCUGGCUGGACAGUCAUCUAUCGGUGUGAUGCUGAUUACUCCCUUAUUGGAAAUUCUACUAUUACAUGUAUAGUAGCAGAAAAUGGUGUAGAUGGAAAGUGGAAUUUGCCUUCACCUGUAUGCACAAGAAAGAGAUGUCCCGUUCCACUUAUAAAAAAUGGCAAAAUACUAUUUGCAAAUGACUUCGGACUUGGCGAGAAAGUAACUCUUGCUUGUGAUUAUGGGUUCAGAAUAAUAGGUGGGUCUACCCUUCAGUGUGUUUUGAAAUCAGGCAAAGUUGACUGGAAUAGAGAGCUUCCAGUUUGUGAACGUAUUCCUUGUGCUCGUCCUCCUAUAAUUGCCAAUGGAAGAUAUGAUCCUAGUCCUUCAGACACAUAUGAUGUUGGCUGGACAGUAAUCUAUCGGUGUGAUGCUGAUUACUCCCUUAUUGGACAAUCUGCUAUUACAUGUAUAGUUGCAGAAAAUGGUGUAGAUGGAAAGUGGAAUUUGCCUUCACCUGAAUGCAAAAAUGUCAAGUGCCGUAGACCAAUCAUCCCAAAUGGAAAAGUGGCAAGUGUGUUUCAAGCUACAUAUACGUAUCAGAAUAAAUUACUUAUUGAAUGCGAUCCUGGCUACACUUUCGUAGAGUCUUCUUUAAUUGAAUGUGAUGCUGAUAGUCAGUGGAAACCGUCUGGUCCAUGGUGUGAUAAGAUCAUGAUCCCAGUCACAGACCCGACAUCUGCUCUUCCCCCUAACACUCCAGAAGAAGAUAAGAGUGAAGACAAGUCCCUUGAAGAUCGGUUGGAUAUAAUUGAAAAAAAACUGGAUCGAAUUCUGCAUAUCCUGCAACUAACCGGACAGAGAAAAACAAUUUGUUAAUGAUCAUUGCCAUGAAACCUUAUUUCUUUGAUAUUCCCACAAAAUAUAUGCUUUCUCAUUCUCAAAAUAUAAGGUGAGAUAUGAAAUCCAGGAGUGGUAAUGAAGUUAGAGAAAUGAUCACAUUUUUUAAAAAAAUUGCUAAUAUGGAAAACAUAAUAAAUUUAGUGCAUAUACCAGA